AUCACUUGAUCUGAUACGUCAGUCUUUCGGCGUGCACGCCGUAAAUCAGAUAUCGCGGCUGUCCAGCGUAUGCGGCCAACAGUCCGUCUAACUCGCGCAAUUGGAUAAGCGCAAAGCAUUAUAGUCGACCAUUCGAGUAGCAGCUGUCGCGCCAUGGCCAAACACAAGAUUAAGGUCGGAAUCAUCGGAGGAUCUGGUCUCAGCGAUCCCGCCAACCUCAUCUUCAAGUACAAAUCGGAAAUCCCGCAGGAGGAUGCCAGGAACGAGUUCGGACGGCCCUCCAGUGCCCUUCAGGAGGGAACCAUCGCCGGGGUCGACGUUGUGCUGCUCUCUAGACAUGGGCCUGGCCAUAAGAUAACACCCACUUCCGUCAACUAUCGGGCAAACAUCGAAUCCCUCCGGCUGGCCGGCUGCACGCACAUUUUAGCCUCUACGGCCUGCGGUUCCCUGUCCGAGUCGAUAUCGAGGGGACAAUUGGUCAUUCCAGACAGCUUCAUCGACAGGACUAUACACAGGAAGGGUACUUUUUACGACGGCACUUCUCAGAACUAUCCUGGCGUCUGCCAUGUGCCAAUGGAACCAGCCUUCGACCCGCGCACCUCUCAAGUGCUGGAGGACGCGGCAGCGAAGAUUGGCGCUCCCGUCCGGAGAGGCGGCACCAUUGUAUCCAUAGAAGGCCCUCGUUUCUCAUCCAAAGCCGAGAGCAACAUGUUCCGCCAAUGGGGAGGACACUUGAUCAACAUGACCACAUGUCCGGAAGUCAUUCUGGCAAAAGAAGCUGGAAUGCUAUACGCCGCUGUUGCCAUUGCCACCGACUACGAUUGUUGGCGAGAUGCCACGGAUACCGUAUGCGCCGCUGACGUUUUAACAGUAUUCAAGAAGAAUGUUGGCAAAGUUACUCAGUUACUCGUUCAAGCUGUCGAAUUGCUUGGUCAAGAAAAGUGGGACGAUCACAUUGAUAGUUUGAAGAAUGUGCUGAAAACCAACAAUGUGUCUUCCCACUGAAAACAAGCAGAUGUGAUAUUAUUCUAAAUACAAACACUGACAAAAUUAUAAGUGCGUAUAUAUAUAUACACAUAUAUAUAUAUAUAUAUAUAUAUAUUAUACACGCGCACACACACGUGCACACGUGCACACGCGCACAUGAUUUUGUUGCGUCGUACGGUGUUAUGUGACAACUUUCCCGCCACAAAAAUCUUACGAAUUUUUUAUACUCUCUCGCGACGUCCUUUUUCACAUUUUGUCAGAAUAAAUAAUGCUAUGUUCAAAUGAAGAA